CGUGUAGAGAGAGAGAAAGUGCGAAAAGAAGAGAGGAAAAAAAAAAAACACGCCGAUAAGAUCUCCGUCUCCGUCGUGACUCAGCCUCCGGUUCGAUCUGAGGUCAGUCGGUUACUCGAUUCGUUCUCUCUUCGUUCUUCUUCAUCAUAUUAGAUAUCGUUUUUUUGAAUUGAGAUUCUGCAGAGAGAUAAACGAUGGAUCCGAUGGAUAUAGUUGGAAAGUCUAAGGAAGAUGCUUCGCUUCCUAAAGCUACAAUGACUAAAAUAAUAAAGGAGAUGUUACCAGCAGAUGUUCGUGUUGCUAGAGAUGCUCAAGAUCUUCUCAUCGAGUGCUGUGUUGAGUUCAUUAAUCUUAUAUCAUCAGAGUCUAAUGAAGUGUGUAACAAAGAGGAUAAGCGAACGAUCGCACCUGAGCAUGUUCUCAAAGCGCUUCAGGUUCUUGGCUUUGGGGAAUACGUUGAAGAAGUCUACGCUGCUUAUGAGCAGCAUCGAUACGAAACCAUGCAAGAUUCACAGAGGAGUGUGAAGAUGAACAGCGGAGCAGAGAUGACGGAGGAGGAAGCAGCAGCGGAACAACAGAGGAUGUUUGCUGAAGCUCGAGCUAGAAUGAAUGGUGGUGGUGGUGUUUCUGUUCCUCAGCCAGAUCCUGAGCAACAAGUAGAUACCCAACAGCAGUCAAAUCUACAAAGCUAAUCAAGAAGAAGGGAGAAGCCUUUAUUUAACAUUGUCUUUUUUUCUAGCAUUUCUCUGUAAAGUGCAAAAAAAAAGAAGUCUGUCUUGGUGUUGAUAUGCUCUUUACAUUUUAACUUAGAUUUGUUUUUCUUCUUCUUCUUUUGAACCUAAAAUCACUUUGUGAUUCAGAUGUAAUUAGUAAGCAUUGCCUUGUUUCUUUGCAACUGUCUGAUCCAGAUCCUUGUUCCAUGUAUUUAUAAGCUGAUUGUUCUAAA